UUAUUAUUAUUUCUUUUUCUACUUUUUGCUUCUCUCCAACUUUCCUUUUAUAUCCCAUUAUCUCAAACCUUAGUUUUUCGCAAAUCAAAAACCCUAAACCCUAAAACCCCAAAUCAAUUUUCUCAUUUCUCAGCUUUUAACUAUGGCAUUUGCUCAAAAUCUUCGUAAUAUUUACAACAGACUUUCUUCUGCUUCACCAAUUCUUCAAUCGCAACUCUCUUCAAUUCGCCUCAACGCCACUCUCACUUCUCCUAAGCUCUUCGUCAGCGGUCUUUCAAGACAGACUACAGAUGAAAAAUUCAAAGAAGCGUUUGCUGCCUUUGGAGAGCUUGUUGAAGCAAAAGUUGUUGUGGACAGACCUACGGGUAAAUCAAAGGGAUUCGGUUUUGUGACAUAUGCCAAUAUCGAAGAUGCCGAGAGAGCACGUGAAGGAAUGAACUCCAAGUUCUUAGAUGGUUGGGUUAUCUUUGUUGAUCCUGCUAAACCAAGGGAGCCUAGACCGCCACCUCAACACGAGUCACAACCUCAACAAAGUGGCUUCACCGUAAAUAAAACUGUUGGAUGGUGCGGCCAAUGAAAGCCUGCUUAUAUCUCGCAACUGGGAAAUCAAUUAAAAAGAUAUAUUGACAAGGUACUAAAGCAUUAUUAAGACUUAAUAGUGGAUAAAGUACAAAUUUUGUUUGAUGACUCGUUAAUAGUGUACACUGGAACAAGAUUGGUCACUUUAUGCUCUUUUGGAGUUUUGGUGAGUGAUUGUUGAAGUAGUUGGAUGUUUUUGGCAAUGACAAAUUCACAUAAAACUAUUGCAUAUUCCUAGUAUUAUUAGAUGAAUAAAUAAACUGUUGAUUUUAUUUUGUUUA